AGAGAGAGAGAGAGAGAGAGAGAGCAGAUGUGCGACAGCAGCUCUUCACUCCCGCAAGUUUGCAGCUCGCGGGAGAGAGCGAGGAUUCAUCUAUUUUAGGUUGACAUUUUCAUACCGAGACUAUAAAGAAGAAGUGAGUCUCCAAGAGGCGCAGAGGAACAAAUAAACUGGAUCUGCGCGCACAUCAUCAUCACCAACACACCACCACCACCACCCGAUGAGGGACAUUAAGAAGACAGAUAAGAACAUGGAAGUGUGUUGUAAGAGACCGCCAGGACGACACGAGACAUUCAUACUCCUCAUCUUUUAUCUUCAUCUGUGGUGCGGGCCGAAUGCUGAAGCAAUUCAUCCGGACUGCGCCAUCAUAUCUGAGCUUUUGAGGGCUCGGGAGAUCUGUAGCCAAACGACGAGGAGCGAAGCGCAAAACCGGACGGACCGCAGCGGAUGUAAAACAGAGUGGGACAAUAUUGGAUGCUGGCUGAGAGCUGAAGUUGGGCAGGUGGUCAAUGUAUCCUGCUCUGAAGUCUUCCAGCAUCUCUCCAGCAAUCAAGGGUUUGUUUACAGGAACUGUACUGCUGAUGGCUGGUCAGAAAUGUAUCCACCCUAUGAGGAGGCCUGUGCCUUCAAUGAUGACAGUGAGCCUGAAUCUGAGACGAGUUACCUCUCUAUGUUCAGACAGGUUUACACUGUGGGCUAUGCCACCUCGCUCAUCUCCCUCAUUACAGCCAUAGUGGUGUUUACAGCCUUCAGAAAGUUUCGCUGCACCAGAAACUACAUCCACAUCAACCUGUUCUCCUCCUUCGUUCUGAGAGCCAGCGCUGUUUUCAUUAAAGACACCGUGCUGUUUGCUGAUGAGACCCUGGACCACUGCUCCGUGUCCACGACGGCUUGCAAGUCAGCCGUGGCUUUCUUCCAGUUCAGCAUCCUGGCCAAUUACUUCUGGUUGCUGGUGGAGGGCAUGUAUCUGCAGACCCUGCUGGCCCUGACCUUCGUCUCUCAGAGGAAAUACUUUUGGUGGUACAUCCUGAUUGGAUGGGGGUUCCCUUCAACAGUUCUUAUACUUUGGGUGUUGACAAGAUUCUUCUAUGAUGACAAGGGUUGCUGGGAUGACACAGACAAUGUUGGUAUUUGGUGGAUUAUUAAAGGACCAAUAACAGCUUCACUGCUGGUCAACAUAGUCAUCUUCAUCAAUGUGAUCCGGAUUCUGGUUCAAAAGCUUAAAUCUUCAGCCAUGGCCGGGAACAAUGACACUGGAAGUUUUAUGAGGCUGGCAAAAUCUACCCUGUUCCUCAUCCCUCUGUUUGGGAUGCACUACACAGUAUUUGCCUUCCUGCCUGAGAACACUGGAGUGGCAGCCAGACUGUACAUCGAAUUGGGGCUGGGAUCCUUUCAGGGUUUUGUGGUGGCACUGCUUUACUGUUUCAUGAAUGGAGAGGUCCAAACAGAGCUGCGGAGGUGGCUGAGGAAGUGCCACAAUCAAAAUCAUCUCACCCCAGCCAAGCGAAGUAUCACUCAGAUCACAAUCAGAGCCCGCGGGGGGCUCGGGCGGCCUCCUUCUAGUGGCAACAUCUCUUCAGUAUGAUUUCGAGAGACUGUCUGUGGGAGAAAAGUUGUGAGAAUCUGAAGUUAAAUAUCAGAGGUAGUUCUCAAAGCUCAACCUACUGAUGAAAUUAAUUCAACACAACGUCUGUGAACAGACUAUAAUGAACAAUGGUGAGUGAUUGAGGAAACAUUGUGUCAGAUGCAUUAUAUCCAUGGCAGCACACAUUUCUGAGUUUAACCAGCAUGGUUCAUCUUCUAUAAUAGUUGCAACCAAAAAAUGCUAAAAAGAAAAGCAACACUGGUGCCUGGGUUGUUCGGAUGCCCAGGUGACAGGGCGGAAAGACGAGACCACAGUAGAGACGGGGCUGGCCCUGAGCCAGUAUGAGGGUGAUUUCACAUGGCUGUGUCUAGAGUUUGGACUGCAUGAGUACAAAAAUGAGCAAAUGGCGAGGGAUUAUAGACUACUGUGGAAACAGUGGAUGUUUGAACUUAGCUAAAUUAUGUGAAAUGAGCUUGAGUUGUCAAAUUGUUUUGUGCUGCACAGAAGAGAAGUUACCUACUUGGGUCUGCUUUGCCAAUUCAUUUCUGUACAACAAUUCGCCUUCUGCCAGAAUGAACUUUUCAGUCAUAACUAUCCAGAGGGAGCUGAUUGAAUGUAUUUAAUGUCAUGUGUGCGUGUGAAGCUAUAUGUAUUUAUAUAUAUAUAUAUAUAUUGGUACGUCAUAGCUUAAAACACUUCAGACUUGAGCCAUCUUUGAAACAAAGUGAAUAUUUAAGCGAUUUCGUAAUAUUUAUUAAGCUAGUUUUCUUUCUUCAUGUGUAAUUUUUUACUGGGUGCCAGGCAUUUAUGUGGUAAACUGGCAUCAAAACGGUAGGCUUCUCUAUGAAAAGCAUUUCAACUGACACGGCAUUGCAAGAUUCAAAGUAUAUUUUGAAAGCUUGGCAUUGCACCUGUAUGCAAGUUGGUCAUAUUUUGAUGACUGAUGAUGUCUUGUUUUAAAGGUGAAAAAAAAACAAAAAACCAAACCCUUGUUUUGGUUUUUGUUUUUUUGCUUGUUUUCUUUGUUUUUUUUAAUAGACCAUGAAUAAUUAAUGAUAUUGUACCGUUAGGCACUUGGACCGUCAUUGUCAGCAUACAUUAUGAUUUAAUCUUGCACUUUAUUUUAUAUUGAAUAUAUUUUCAUUGUUGUUGUUCUGGAUCUAGUGGUGCUUGGCCGGUGUAGAGAAAAGCACAAUAAAUGGAAGAAAAGUGGUUUG